AUGUGGAAAAUACCAAAAAAUGAAAAUGAUUGGAAGGCUAUUGCAAAAGAAUUUGAGCAAAGAUGGAACUUUCCACAUUGCAUUGGCGCGAUUGAUGGUAAACACAUUACCAUCCGUAAACCACCAGGAACAGGCUCCUAUUAUUUCAAUUACAAACUAUCAUUCAGCAUUGUCUUAAUGGCAAUAGUAAAUGCUAAUUACGAAUUCAUAAUGCCUGAUAAUUUACCUAAUAGCGAAAUAAAACUGCCAUAUGUUUUGGUAGGAGAUGAUGCAUUUCCUCUUAUGAACAACUUAAUGAAACCAUUUAGUAGAAGAAACCUGACCACAGAACAAGCUAUAUUCAAUUAUAGAUUAUCUCGUGCUAGACGUAUUGUGGAAAAUGCGUUCGGAAUAUUAUCAUCCCGGUUCCAAAUAUUGUUAAAAGAAAUUAAUUUGUGCCCAGAAAAAGCCACUCUGAUUGUUCUAACAUGCACUCAUUUACAUAAUUAUUUACGGAUGAAAAAAGUCGAGUCAUACUACCAAGGAGGUUUUGAUGUCGAAAAUACAAUGACAGGUGAGAUGGUAAACGCAGACUGGAAAUCAGAUCGAUUGUUGCUUCCUCUACAACAACUUUCAGGGCGAAAUACCACUGUAUCAGCAAAAGAAAUACGCCUAAAUUUCUCACAAUAUUUCAAUAGUGAGCAAGGAGCUGUACCAUGGCAGAACGACAGCAUAAAGUAG